AUGAUUAGGGCAAUACGUGCUUGCAAAACUGCAGCAGAGGAGCGUGCUGUUGUAAGAAAAGAAUGUGCCUCUAUUCGAGAUGCUAUUAGUGAAAACGACCAAGAUUAUAGGCAUCGCAAUUUGGCAAAGCUAAUGUUCAUCCACAUGCUUGGCUAUCCAACACACUUUGGUCAAAUGGAAUGCCUAAAGUUAAUUGCAUCUCCAGGAUUCCCUGAGAAGAGGAUUGGAUAUCUUGGCCUUAUGUUGCUUCUUGAUGAAAGACAGGAAGUCUUGAUGCUUGUUACCAACUCAAUAAAACAAGAUUUAAAUCAUAUGAACCAAUAUAUUGUCGGACUAGCUCUGUGUGCCUUGGGUAAUAUAUGUUCUGCAGAAAUGGCUCGUGACCUGGCUCCUGAAGUUGAAAGAUUACUUCAGUUCAGGGAUCCUAACAUCAGGAAGAAAGCUGCAUUAUGUACAAUAAGGAUAAUAAAGAAAGUUCCAGACCUUGCCGAGAACUUCAUAAAUCCUGCUGCUGCCUUGCUGAAAGAGAAGCAUCACGGAGUUUUAUUAACUGGGGUGCAACUUUGUACAGAUAUGUGUAAAGUUAGUUCGGAGGCACUUGAUUAUUUUAGGAAGAAAUGCAUAGAUGGCUUGGUUAAAGUUCUAAGGGAUCUAGCAAACAGUCCAUAUGCACCUGAGUAUGAUAUUUCGGGUAUCACGGAUCCUUUUCUUCAAAUUAGAUUGCUCAAACUUUUGCAUGUGCUGGGUCAAGGAGAUGCUGAUGCCAGUGAUGCUAUGAAUGAUAUUCUUGCCCAGGUGGCAAGUAAAACUGAGUCAAAUAAAAACGUAGGUAAUGCCAUUCUUUAUGAAUGUGUUGCUACAAUCAUGAGCAUCGAAGAUAAUGGUGGAUUACGGGUUCUUGCCGUCAAUAUUUUGGGGAGAUUUCUAUCCAGCCGUGACAACAAUAUUAGAUAUGUAGCACUGAAUAUGUUGAUGAAAGCUAUUGCAUUAGAUAGUCAAGCAGUUCAGAGGCAUCGUGCAACAAUUUUAGAAUGUGUGAAGGAUUCAGAUGCUUCAAUUCGUAAAAGGGCUUUGGAGCUUGUUUAUCUUUUGGUAAAUGAAAGCAACGCAAAGUCUUUGACAAAGGAACUGGUUGAUUAUCUGGAAGUAAGUGAUGAGGAAUUUAAGGGAGAUCUCACGGCCAAGAUCUGCUCAAUUGUGGAGAAGUUUUCCCCUGAAAAAAUAUGGUAUAUUGAUCAGAUGGUGAAGGUUCUCACAGAGGCUGGAAAUUAUGUAGAGGAUGAAGUGUGGCAUGGUCUUAUCAUUGUAAUUACGAAUGCUUCUGACCUCCAUGGGUAUGCUGUUAGAGCUCUGUAUAAAGCAGUGCAAUCAUCUGGUGAACAGGAAACUCUGGCCCGAGUUGCAAUUUGGUGCAUUGGUGAAUAUGGGGAGAUGUUGGUCAGUAAAGCCGGCAUCAUUGGUGUUGAGGAUCCUAUUACUGUAACGGAGACCGAUGUGGUGGAUGUAGUGGAAACUGCAAUGAAACGCCAUCAUUCAGAUCUCACAACUCAAGCUAUGUGUUUGCUUGCUUUAUUGAAGUUGUCGAGUCGUUAUCCUUCCUGUUCAAAGAGGAUAAAUGAUAUCAUACUUCAUCAGAAGGGAAGCCUUGUCCUUGAGCUCCAACAACGAGCCAUCGAAUUUAACUCGAUCAUCGAGAAGCAUGGGAAAAUAAGGUCAGCAUUGGUCGAGAGGAUGCCAGUUCUUGACGAAGCAACUUAUAGUGGGAGGAGGGCCGGUUCUGUGUCGGCUGCUGUUUCAACUUCACAAGGGGCUCUGCCCAAACUGCCAAAUGGUGUUGCCAAAUCCAAUUCAGCUCCUCUCGUUGAUUUACUUGAUCUUAGUUCUGACGACGUCCCAACACUCAGCUCUUCUGGUGGAGACUUUAUUCAGGAUCUUCUCGGGGUUGAUUUAUCCACAGCUUCUGAAGGAACAAAUCAGGCCCAAAGGAGCAAAACAGACGCCUUGCUGGACCUUCUGUCAAUUGGAUCUCCUACAACUCAAAGCAGCUCAUCCAUUCUUGACAUAUCUCCUUCUCCUCCAGUGCAAAGUAGCUCGUCCAUGCUUGAUAUAUUAUCACCUGGUCAAGAUAACAGCAGUGCACAGAGUAUGUUAGAUACUUUAUCAUCUCCAUCUGCUCUUUCAGCAAAGUCCUCUUCACCUGUGGCAACUUCUUCAAUGAUGGAUUUGUUGGAUGGUUUUGGACCUACCCCAUCGGUGCCUGUUGCAAAAUCCGAUGGCCCAGCAUCCCUAUCAAUAGUUGCAUUCGAGAGCGAAGCCUUGAAAGUAACUUUCAACUUUUCAAAGGAGCCAGAAAAUCCGCAGACCACACAAAUUGAGGCUCAGUUUUCAAACAAGUCGCCUGAUGCCUACUCGAAUUUUGUAUUCCAGGCUGCAGUCCCGAAGUUUCUUCAACUGCAUCUGGAUCCAGCUAGCAGUCAUGCACUUCCUGCAAGCAGCAACGGAACAAUUACACAAAAACUACGUAUUACGAACAGCCAGCAUGGCAAGAAAUCCCUGGUAAUGCGGAUAAGGAUAAGCUACAAAGCAGACGGCAAAGAUGUUUUAGAGGAAGGCCAAAUCAACAAUUUCCCACGUGAUUUUUGA